AUGUCUUCCAUUCAAAGUGUUAACACUCAAGAGGGUGGAGGUAGAAUUAACCAAAUGAGAAGAGAUUCCACCGUGUUGGGUCCAAUGAACAAGAUCUUGGUUGCCAAUAGAGGGGAAAUUCCAAUCCGUAUCUUUAGAACAGCUCACGAAUUAUCCAUGCAAACAGUUGCCGUAUAUUCUCAUGAAGAUAGAUUAUCAAUGCACAGAUUAAAAGCCGAUGAAUCUUAUGUUAUUGGGAAAAAGGGCCAAUUCUCACCAGUUGGUGCUUAUUUACAACAAGACGAAAUCAUCAAGAUUGCUAAACAACACAAUGUCAAUAUGAUUCAUCCCGGUUAUGGUUUCUUAGCUGAAAAUUCCGAAAUGGCAAGAAAAGUUGAAGAAGCUGGUUUAGUCUGGGUUGGUCCUCAUUGGAAAACAAUUGAAGCUGUUGGUGAUAAAGUUUCUGCUAGACAGUUGGCUUUUGACAAUAAUGUUCCUACAGUUCCAGGUACGCCAGGUCCAAUUGAAACCAUUGAAGAAGCACAAGAAUUCGUUGCCAAAUAUGGUUUCCCAGUUAUUAUUAAAGCCGCAUUCGGUGGUGGUGGUAGAGGUAUGAGAGUUGUUAGAGAAGGUGAAAACGUGGAAGAUGCUUUCAAGAGAUGUGUUUCCGAAGCAAAAACCGCUUUUGGUAAUGGUACUGUGUUUAUCGAAAGAUUCUUAUACAAACCAAAACAUAUUGAAGUCCAAUUAUUAGGUGAUAACUAUGGUAAUGUCAUUCAUUUAUUCGAACGUGAUUGUUCAGUUCAAAGAAGACAUCAAAAAGUCGUUGAAAUUGCUCCUGCUAAGAAUCUUUCCAAAGCAGUUAGAGAUGCUCUUUUAACAGAUGCAGUAAAACUUGCUAAAGCAGUUAAUUAUCGUAAUGCUGGUACUGUUGAAUUCUUAGUUGAUGACCAAGAUCGUCAUUAUUUCAUGGAAAUUAACCCAAGAAUUCAAGUUGAACAUACUAUUACCGAAGAAAUUACCGGGGUUGAUAUCGUGGCUGCUCAAAUUCAAAUUUCUGCCGGUGCUUCAUUACAACAAUUAGGUUUAAUGCAAGAUAAAAUCACAUCUAGAGGUUUUGCUAUCCAAUGUAGAAUCACUACAGAAGAUCCAACUAGGAAUUUCCAACCUGAUACUGGUAAGAUUGAAGUCUAUAGAUCUGCUGGUGGUAAUGGUGUUAGAUUAGAUGGUGGUAACGGUUUUGCUGGUUCCAUUAUUUCUCCUCAUUAUGAUUCCUUAUUGGUUAAAUGUAGUUGUACUGGUUCCACAUAUGAAAUUGCCAGAAGAAAGACUUUGAGAUCAUUAAUUGAAUUCAGAGUUAGAGGGGUUAAGACCAACAUUCCUUUCUUAUUAGCUUUAUUAACUAACGAAACCUUCAUUACCGGAAAUUGUUGGACUACUUUUAUUGAUGAUACUCCAUCCUUAUUCCAAAUGAUCAGUUCCCAAAAUAGAGCUACUAAAUUAUUAAAUUAUCUUGGUGAUAUUGUUGUUAAUGGUUCUUCUAUUGCUGGUCAAAUCGGUUAUCCAAAACUUCAAACCGAAGCAAUCAUUCCAGAAAUCCAUGAUCCAAACACUGGCGAAGUCGUUGAUGUUGAAAACAAACCAAUCCCACGUGGUUGGAGAAAUAUCUUACUUGAAGAAGGUCCAGAAGUAUUCGCUAAGAAGGUUAGAGAAUUCAAUGGUACUUUAAUCACUGAUACUACUUGGAGAGAUGCCCAUCAAUCUUUGUUAGCCACCAGAGUUAGAACUAUUGAUUUAUUAAACAUUGCUCCAACCACUGCUCAUGCUCUUGCUGGUGCUUUCUCAUUAGAAUGUUGGGGUGGUGCUACUUUUGAUGUUUGUAUGAGAUUCUUAUAUGAAGAUCCUUGGGUCAGAUUGAGAAAAUUGAGAGCUGCUGUUCCUAACAUUCCAUUCCAAAUGUUGUUAAGAGGUGCUAAUGGUGUUGCAUAUUCUUCAUUACCUGAUAAUGCCAUUGAUCAAUUCGUUAAGGAAGCUAAAGAUAAUGGUGUUGAUAUUUUCAGAGUUUUCGAUGCUUUGAAUGAUUUGGAACAAUUGAAGGUUGGUAUGGAUGCAGUUAAGAAGGCUGGUGGUGUUUGUGAAGCUACUGUCUGUUAUUCUGGUGAUAUGUUACAACCGGGUAAGAAAUACAACUUGGAUUACUACUUGGAAGUUGUUGAUAAGAUUGUUGCUAUGGGUACUCAUUUCUUAGGUAUUAAAGAUAUGGCUGGUACUAUGAAACCUGCAGCCGCUACUAAAUUAAUUGGUGCCAUCAGAGCUAAAUACCCAGAUUUACCUAUCCAUGUCCACACUCAUGAUUCUGCUGGUACUGCUGUUGCCUCCAUGACUGCUGCGGCUUUAGCUGGUGCCGAUGCUGUUGAUGCUGCAUCUAAUUCUAUGUCCGGUAUGACUUCCCAACCUUCCAUCAGUGCUCUUUUGGCUUCUUUACAAGGCAGUCGUGAAACCGGUCUUCAUGAAUCUUUGGUCCGUCAAAUCGAUCAAUAUUGGGCACAAAUGAGAUUAUUAUAUUCAUGUUUCGAAGCUGACUUAAAGGGUCCAGAUCCAGAAGUUUAUGAACAUGAAAUCCCAGGUGGUCAAUUAACUAACUUGUUAUUCCAAGCUCAACAAUUAGGAUUGGGUACUAAAUGGUUACAAACUAAACAAACUUAUAAGGUUGCUAAUGAACUUCUUGGUGAUAUUGUUAAGGUUACUCCUACUUCUAAAGUUGUUGGUGAUUUAGCUCAAUUUAUGGUGACUAACAAUUUGUCUGAAGCUGAUGUUAACAACUUGGCUAGUGAAUUAGAUUUCCCAGAUUCAGUGCUUGAUUUCAUGGAAGGUUUGAUGGGUACUCCAUUUGGUGGAUUCCCUGAACCAUUGAGAACCAAUGUAUUGGGUAACAAACGUCCAAAAUUAGACUGUCGUCCUGGAUUAACAUUAAAGCCUAUUGAUUUUGACGCUGUUAAAUUAUCCUUGAUUGAGAAGUAUGGUGGUGGUAUUUCCGAAACCGAUAUGGCAUCUUAUAUCAUGUAUCCAAAGGUGUUUGAAGCUUAUAAGAAGAUCGUUGAUCAAUAUGGUGAUUUAUCAGUCUUACCAACCAGAUAUUUCCUUAAACCUGCUCACAUCAAUGAAGAAAUUGUGGUUGAACUUGAACAAGGUAAGACCUUAAUCAUCAAAUUGUUAGCUAUUGGUGAAAUCUCAGAAAAGACCGGUUCACGUGAGAUCUUCUUUGAGUUAAAUGGGGAAAUGAGAAGUGUGACAGUUCAAGACAAGACUGUAUCAAUCGAACAUCACACUAGACAAAAGGCUCAACAUACCAAUGAAGUCGGUGCUCCAAUGGCUGGUGUUGUGAUUGAAAUUAGAGCUAAAGAAGGACAAGCGGUGAAGAAGGGUGAUCCAAUUGCUGUAUUGAGUGCUAUGAAGAUGGAAAUGGUUAUUAGUGCUCCUAUGGCUGGUAAAGUCGGUCCAUUGAUGGUCAAGGAAGGUGAAUCGGUUGAUGCUAGUGAUUUAAUUACUAGUAUCUUGAAGUAA